AUGACAUCUAGCUCCUUUGGUCUCACCUCGCAGGCCGUAUCAGCGGGCGAAAUUCCCAAGGCCGAGGGCUGGGAUUUUGACCUGUGCUACACAAGCGUGCUCAACCGCGCCAUCCACACGCUGUGGGACAUGCUUAAUGAGAUAUAUCGCACCUGGUUGCCAGUCGUCAAGGAUUACCGCCUCAACGAAUGCCACCACGGCGCCUUGCAGGGACUGAACAAGGGCCGGGAUGGCCAAGCAGUACGGCGGCGAGCAGGUGCUGAUCUGCUAUACCGCCAGCUCUGGAACCCUCCGACCCUCCUGGCCAGCGUGCCGACCGUCGCUAUGCCCAUUUGCAGCCCGAACAGAUUCCCGUGA